AUGACUAAUGACAACAGUGGUAUCUGGGUCCUAGGCUACGGAUCUCUGAUUUACAAGCCUCCGUCUCAUUACACGCAUAGAAUACCGGCAAUAAUUCACGGUUUUGCUCGUCGGUUCUGGCAAAGUUCCACUGAUCAUAGGGGUACACCUGCAAACCCAGGAAGAGUGGCCACACUAAUCCCGUAUGAGGAUAUUAUAAGGCAAACUGCCUUCUUGAAGAAUGUGAAUUUGUAUAGUGAAAGUGCACCUAUCCAGGAUCCCGACGACUUAGUCACCAUAGGGGUAGUGUAUUAUAUACCACCAGAACAUGCUCAAGAGGUUAGAGAGUAUUUGAACGUAAGAGAACAAAACGGGUACACUCUACAUGAGGUUGAGGUGCAUCUAGAAACUAAUCGGGAGCACGAGGCAGAAUUGGGUGAAGCAUUAGAACAGUUGCCUCGGCACAACAAAUCGGGUAAACGGGUACUACUUACUUCGGUGUACAUUGGUACAAUAGAUAAUGAGGCCUUCGUCGGACCAGAGACCGUGGAUGAAACUGCGAAAGUAAUUGCCGUGUCGCAUGGACCUAGUGGAUCUAACUAUGAAUACCUUGCAAAACUGGAGCAAGCGCUAGCGCAAAUGCCCAUCAUGAAAGAGCGAGGGCGUAUUACCGAUCAUUAUCUGACUGCUCUAUUGGAGACUGUAAAUAAAUACAGGUGA